AUGGAUGAUCGAAAGCGACCUUCACCCUACGAUCAACAUGAUUCAGGACCGCCCUCUAAGAAAUUGGCAACCACAGCAAAUGGGGCAGUAAAAAGCCAUCCAGAUGCUGACAUGCCUUGGAAAGACGAUAUUGAGAAAUUCCAAAAGGGUGCGCUACUCCGUCAGAUGCAAGAGUAUAGAAGAGAAAAGCAAACUCUGGAAGAACAAGUGAAGCAUGCGCAAAGGAAGGCGCUAUACCACAACGAUCAUCUUCGAAUCAUUGAUGUAUGGUUCCAAGAGAUGAUUGACGAGGUGAAGAUCAUGGCUGGGGAAAAUCCAAGCAAUAUACAUGAUAUCUCGACUUUACCAUCAUCGCUAUAUUCUGCCGAUGUUGAGUCCUUCAAGACUCAUCUAGAAGAAAGGUCGCGUGACAUCAAGGAUGUUAUGGGACGAUUAUUUGAUAGGUGCAAAACAUACCAUCCUGACGUGGUCACACUGCAAGGUCAAUUAUCGCAAAAGCUUGCCGCUGAAAAGGUUCAUGUCGUGGAGCUGCAACGACUACAAUCGGAGGUGCAGGAACUUACUGAACGUCUCGACAAGGCAGUGGAGCGCUACAUGAGAGCUGAGAGGAAGAUUGAAAGAAGGCUAGGUCGGGCAGCUAAUAGUUCGAAAACCGACGAGAUUUUCCUUGGGAUGCCAAAGAACCAAAAUACCGAUAACGUCGCAGUGAAGCGUGAAGAAACACUUACCAAUGGGACAACUGGUACCGACGAGGCUUUGACAGAUUUGGAGGAAGCACAUCAUAAGGCAUUGGCUCUUUCGGAGAAGCAGAAAGAGCAAUUAGAGCAUCUUGAGGCCGAAAAUCUGAAGUUGGCCGCACAGUUGACGGAGCUGGCGGUAAAAUCGACACAGCAUACCGAUGACGAAUACGCUGGCACCGAACUGUUCAAACAGCUGAGAUCACAACACGAAGAUGUGAUAAAAAGAGUCAAUAACCUCGAAGCCUUGAAUAUUCAGCUUCAGGAGGAAGCAGUAAAGCUGCAAUCAGAGCGCACGGCAUUCAAGUCGCAAAUUGAGAAUGAGUCAAAAGCUGCGCUGGCAGAAAGGGAGGCGCAACUGGCGACGGCAGAAACCAAUCUGGCAAGGAUCAGAAGUAACCGGGAUGAACUCCUCGCUGAACAGGCCAUCAGGCGUUCUGCGUACGAGCAGGAACGUGCUUCAGUGCAGAAGGUGAAAGAACUCUGUGAAGCCAGUGAUCACCGCAUCAAAGCGUUAGAGAUCCAGAAUGAACGUCUGAAAUUAGAGCAUGCAAACGAAGAAAAAAAUGCUAGCGAUUACGACUCGACAGGUCUCCAAGAGCUCAAGUCCCGGCAUCAAGAUCUCGAAAAGAAACAUCAGAUGUUGAACAACGAAUUGCAGUCAAUGGAAACAGCUUAUCUUUCGACAAAGAAGCUUGCGAGUCAGAAAGUAUCUGAAAUCAGCGCAUUCGAGGACAAGCUUCAGAGAUUGAGCGCCGAGAAGGCCAAAGCUGAUCAAAAAUAUUUCGCCACCAUGAAGAGUAAAGAAAUAAGGGAUUUGGAGAUAAGGACCUUGCGCAUGCAAAACACAAAGAGCUCGGAUGUAGUGUCUUCACUCAAAGAGUCAGAAGCUGCUUCUCGUGCGCUGGUGAUUAACCUGGAGAAGAGUAUUGGAGAGAUCAAAGAUGCUUUCACAAGCGCAACUGCAAGCCAGCGAGCUUCGCAGCAACAGGUCACGGAGCUAGGCAUUUCGAGUGAAGGGUUGAAGGGGCAGAUCGCCGACCUGAAGAAGUUGCUUGCUUCGAAGGAUGCAGCUGCAGCUACGUUGUCCAGUUCACACCGAAAAGCCGAGCUCGAAAUUGCGGAACUGAAAACAUCCUUGACUGACACCAAAAAGGCGCUGGACGUUUGCAAGUCGAACAACCUGGGAAGCUCCACAGAUGUGAACGAAUCUUUCAGAGCUCUCGCGAUCUGUACCGUCUGCAAACGCAACUUCAAAGACACCGUGAUCAAGACCUGCGGACAUGUCUUCUGCAAGGAAUGUGUUGACGAGCGCCUGACAUCGAGGUCUCGCAAAUGUCCGAACUGUAACAAGUCUUUUGGCAGCAACGACCACAUGAAAAUUACGUUGUGA